AUGAAUGUCAAAGAAAAUGAGGACCAUCCAGUUAUAGCAGGAAAUGAGGACCAUCCAGUUAUAACAGGAAAUGAGGAGUGUCCAGUUAUAACAGGAAAUGAGGACCAUCCAGUUAUAACAGGAAAUGAGGAGUGUCCAGUUAUAACAGGAAAUGAGGAGUGUCCAGUUAUAACAGGAAAUGAGGAAUGUCCAGCUAUAACAGGAAAUGAGGAGUGUCCAGCUAUAACAGGAAAUGAGGAGUGUCCAGCUAUAACAGGAAAUGAGGAAUGUCCAGCUAUAACAGGAAAUGAGGAGUGUCCAGUGAUAACAGUAAAUGAGAAGUGUCCAGCCAAAACAGAAAAUGAGGAGUGUCCAGUUAUAACAGUAAAUGAGGAAUGUCCAGUUAUAACAGGAAAUGAGGACCAUCCAGUUAUAACAGGAAAUGAGGAGUGUUCAGUUAUAACAGAAAAUGAAGAAUGUCCAGUUAUAACAGGAAAUGAGGAGUGUCCAGCUAUAACAGGAAAUGAGGAGUGUCCAGCUAUAACAGGAAAUGAGGAAUGUCCAGUUAUAACAGGAAAUGAGGAGUGUCCAGUUAUAACAGGAAAUGAGGAGUGUCCAGUUAUAACAGGAAAUGAGGAGUGUCCAGCUAUAACAGGAAAUGAGGAGUGUCCAGUGAUAACAGAAAAUGAGAAGUGUCCAGCCAAAACAGGAAAUGAGGAGUGUCCAGUGAUAACAGUAAAUGAGAAGUGUCCAGCUAAAACAGAAAAUGAGGAGUGUCCAGUUAUAACAGUAAAUGAGGAAUGUCCAGUUAUAACAGAGAAUGAGGAAUGUCCAGUUAUAACAGAAAAUGAGGAGUGUCCAGUUAUAACAGAGAAUGAGGAUUGUCCAGCUAUAACAGUAAAUGAGGAGUGUCCAGUUAUAACAGGAAAUGAGGAAUGUCCAGCUAUAACAGGAAAUGAGGAGUGUCCAGUUAUAACAGAAAAUGAGGAGUGUCCAGUUAUAACAGAGAAUGAGGAUUGUCCAGCUAUAACAGUAAAUGAGGAGUGUCCAGUUAUAACAGGAAAUGAGGAAUGUCCAGCUAUAACAGGAAAUGAGGAGUGUCCAGUUAUAACAGAAAAUGAGGAAUGUCCAGCUAUAACAGGAAAUGAGGAGUGUCCAGUUAUAACAGAAAAUGAGGAAUGUCCAGCUAUAACAGGAAAUAAAGAAUGUCCAGCUAUAACAGGAAAUGAGGAAUGUCCAGUUAUAACAGGAAAUAAAGAAUGUCCAGCUAUAACAGAAAAUGAAGAAUGUCUAGCUAUAACAGGAAAUGAGGAGUGUCCAGUUAUAACAGAAAAUGAAGAGUGUCCAGCUAUAACAGAAAAUGAAGAAUGUCCAGCUAUAACAGGAAAUGAGGAGUGUCCAGUUAUAACAGAAAAUGAAGAAUGUCCAGUUAUAACAGAGAAUGAGGAGUGUCCAGUUAUAACAGGAAAUGAGGAGUGUCCAGCUAUAACAGGAAAUGAAGAAUGUCCAGCUAUAAUAGAAUAUGAGGAGUGUCCAGUUAUAACAGGAAAUGAAGAGUGUCCAGCUAUAACAGGAAAUGAGGAGUGUCCAGUUAUAACAGUAAAUGAGAAGUGUCCAGCUAUAACAGGCAAUGAGGAGUGUCCAGUUAUAACAGAAAAUGAGGAGUGUCCAGCUAUAACAGUAAAUGAGGAUUGUCCAGCUAUAACAGAAAAUGAGGAGUGUCCAGUUAUAACAGUAAAUGAAGAAUGUCCAGUUAUUACAGGAAAUAAAGAAUGUCCAGCUAUAACAGAAAAUGAAGAAUGUCCAGCUAUAACAGGAAAUGAGGAAUGUCCAGCUAUAACAGGAAAUGAGGAGUGUCCAGUUAUAACAGAAAAUGAGGAGUGUCCAGUUAUAACAGAGAAUGAGGAAUGUCCAGUUAUAACAGAAUAUGAGGAGUGUCCAGUUAUAACAGAGAAUGAGGAAUGUCCAGCUAUAACAGGAAAUGAGGAAUGUCCAGUUAUAACAGAGAAUGAGGAGUGUCCAGUUAUAAGUGGCCAAUAUGACGUCUUAAUUCUAGCUAUUGGUAUAGAAAGUGAAUGGGCGUUAAUGGAUUUGUCCUACGACUAA